AAUUGCCGGUGGAGUACACACACAUCAUUCUGUUUGUGACAAACGACCCUUGCGCCAGCAUCGAUGGCGGGCAGGUCAGAGCCAGGUUCCUCGCAACGCACCAGCAACUUAGACUUUCUUUUCCACCUUCUCUAUUCCGCUGGUCUAUGAGGCUAUAACAACUAAACGGUUAGUAUCGAUAUUGGUGAUACGAGCGAUUGAUAUAUUUCCAAACGUCACGAGCAGCAUUACCCCACAUCUUCGCAGGGCACAGUGGCGAUCACUAUAGUCGGACAAGAGACAACCCGCAUACCGAAAUGGCACGGCAAAUACUCCGUACAAGGUAUAGUUCUGAAGGACAGGGGUCCAUUGGUAUAAGAGGCGACAUACAUGAUGGCUUCCGAGCACUCAUCAACAGGUGCGCCGCCUCCUUCGCGCUUUGGUGUCAAUAAAGAGCCAUCAUGGCGUUACUCAAAGUUGCACUUUCGUUCCUGAUCUUAACUCCUGCACUCGUAAAAGGUCAAGAUGAUCUCGGACUCAGCAAUGGCUAUACUACGUUCGAUGCCGGGAGCCUCAAGGGCGAGAUAGUCAAGAGCUCUCAGACGCUUGCCUCACUCAAUUCGACCGGAAACGAGUUCGACUUCCUUCCCUCAGACCGACUGGCGCAACUAGCCUUCAACGGAGCUCAUCAUCUGGGCGAUAUCACAUUUCGUUACCGCACGUCGAGUGGUGGCGGUUGGACGAGCGUCGACUCUGCUAGCGCACGCAAACCUGUUACGACGCUGAACGGGACCGGUCAGGAUGUCGUUGCUGCCGCCGACUUGACACCCACUUUGCCUAACGGACUGCCCAUCAAGGUUACAAGAGAGUGGCUAAAAUAUGAGAACAAUUUCGCUGUACGCUUCAAUAUCACGAAUAACGGCAACGGAAGUGUGGAGUUGGGGAGUCUUGGGUUGCCGGUCAGCAUCAACAACAUCUUCACCGGAAGAUCUGCAGAGGAGACGCAGGACAAGUGCGCCUUCGCCGACCCGUACAUUGGUCUCGACGCUGGCUACGUGCGUGUUUCGCAUUUAGAGGGUACUAGUAACGCUUUGGUAAUUACACCCAUUGGAGCGACAAAAUUCGAAGCCUGGAGGUUCCUCCGCGAGCCGCAAGGCAACUUUGGCUAUCAGUCUCAGACCUUUGAAGGCAACUAUGAGUGGCAGAUUCACAGCCUUGCCUAUGCGCAGAAUGAAUGGAAUAGCAGCAAACCCUGGAACGAGCCAACUUCCAAACCCCUGCAAUCAGGGGAGGUUUACUCUGUUGGCCUUCGCUUCUCGAUCGCAGAGAAGAUCCAAACAAUCGAAGACGCUGUUAUCAAGACCGGAUCUCCGCUUGCAGUAGGUAUCCCAGGAUACGUGGUGCCAGCCGACUCCUCAGCACGACUGUACCUGAACCACACCUCACCAGUCAAGAACAUCGAUGCCGGAGGUGCCUUCACGAUUACCGAACUAUCAUCGUCCGACUCUGCAUACAAGCUGACUCCGGUGGCUUCAGCAUGGGGGCGAGCGCGAGUCACUAUCUCAUACGAGGAUGGUAAGACCCAGACGGUGCAUUACAAGAUCACCAAGACCGCACCCUCCGCUCUUGCUGAUAUGGGCCACUUCUUCUCAACGGCAGCCUACUUCAACGACACUUCAGAUCCAUUCUAUCGCGCGCCGUCUAUCAUGACCUACGAUCGUGAAGUCAACAAGAUCGUCGAACAAGAUGCCCGCGUCUGGUUUGCUGGUAUCAGCGAUGAGGCUGGUACUGGAGCGUACCUAGGUACUGCCAUGAAGCAAUUUGCGCAGCCUAACGCAGAAGAACUUUCGGUCGUGGACGAAUUCGUGCACGAGACCGUUGUAGGCACUCUACAGCAGAACAGCUCGUUCGGCGUCAUCGCAAGUGCAUUCUACUAUGAGCCAGGUGCGGUCAAUUACACGUACGACAACUCAUUUGAUUGGACCUCGUGGACAUCUUGGAACAAAGAGCGAGCGUAUACAACACGCCGAGCGUACAACUACAUCCACCCAGUUGCGACGUACUGGUCGCUUUACAGAACAGCGAGGAAUUAUCCCGACACAAAGCUUCGCGCUGAGUGGUCGUGGUACCUCGGUCGUGCGUUCAACACCACUCAAUACUGCUUGUCUAACGAGGGCGCCAACUGUGACUAUGCUCUUGUUGGACUCAUGGGCGAAUGGGUUCUCGGCGAGCUUCUGAAGGACCUCAAGCGAGAAGGCAUGACAAGCGAAGCCUCAGCUCUCGAAGCCUCAAUGCGCUACCGCGCCAACCUUUGGGAGACGCAAGCCAUCCCCUUCGGUAGUGAAAUGGCAUGGGACAGCACCGGUCAGGAAGGCGUCUACUAUUGGACCGACUACUUCAACCUCCCCAACACACCCACGAAAGCCAUCAACAGCAUUCUCGCAUACAUGCCUACUGUCGCCCAUUGGGGCUGGAACGGUAACGCACGCCGAUAUUGGGACUUCAUCUAUGGCGCCAAGAUCCAGCAAAUCGAGCGUCAGAUCCAUCACUACGGUUCUGGCCUCAACUCGCUGCCCAUGCUGCACUCGUAUGAGCAGAACCCCAAGGACAACCUCUACGCGCUUCGUGUUGGGUUUGCGGGCAACACCGCGCCUCUAACAAACAUCGAUGAGGGUGGCUUCGCAUCUGCGGCAUUCCACUCCUUCCCUGAGUUGCUGAAGUGGGAUCCGUUUUCCGGUGACUACGGUCAGGGUUUCUUGGGCCUAGCUCUGGGACAGACGGUCUAUAUCGUCAAGGAAGACAAGCUCGGCGUACAAGCUUUUGGUGGCGACAUUGAUGAGACGCAUUCCACUGCUAGGUCGACUGUUGUUGCACCCAAGGAUGCCGUCAGGAAGCGAGUCUUCGUUGCCGACCUUGGCCUGAAGGUCGAGAUCAGUGCUGGCGCGAUAAAGGAGAUCGUUUAUGAUGAGGGCGCGCAGAAGCUGAGUCUUACGGUCGUUCCUGCUGUUUCAGACAGUGUGUUGCAGGCUAAGUCCGCCAUUGUCUGGCUGGAGCAGCCUGGCUUGGAUACUGUGAGCUUCACGGUUGCAGACGCACAGCAGGAACGAGGUGGCUUUGUUGUCGACCUUGCAAGCGGUAGUGCAAGUGUUGAGAUCACAAAGUCGUAGUCGGUAAUCCAAGAUGUAGA